AUGCAUGGUUGGCGACUGGCGUGGCGCCUUGAAUGAGGACUUGAGUUGAUCAUGUCGAGAUCAAUUGCAGCUAACCGGGUCUUCAAUACAUUUAGGAUAUUCAGUAGGAGUGUGUGUAGUGCCGAUCAACUUACCCAGUCAAGACAUAGUCAAAGACUGUUCAAAAUGGAGACGAGUACUGGAGGAGAGAGACAGAUGUCUACGGAAGAACCCAGGAGGUUUGCAAGACCUGACGAAGUGGACUAUGCCUUGAAGCAGGAUAUGGGGCAGGGCUACACCAGGAGAACUGUCCAGAUCUCAGCCUUAGGUACCAAAUACAACAUGGUGUACGGAGAAUGGGUUCCUGUUGACCGGCCUGUUGAAGGAUGCCCAGCAGUGAUCUGUAUCCAUGGUACGCCAGCAACAGAGGGUGCCUUUCGGCCGAUUGGAAGCCGGAUCGCCUCUGGCGGCUACCGAGUUUUAGCUGUCAACUUUCCAGGUAUGGGUUACACAGAGAUUGAUCCCGAGAGGAGAUACAACCACACCACACCAGAUAAAGCUGAACUCGUCAAGGGUUUCAUCACCGCUCUACGGUUAGAAAGUGUUGCCAUGGUUAUUGGCCAUUCUCUUGGUGGUCACGUCGUCGGAAAGUUAUCAGCUGAUCCAGACUUAGAGGGCAUUGUUCAGUCAGCUUGCUUUCUAUGUGGAACGGGGGUCACGCCCCAUAGGAUGCAGAAACUUAGUACGAGGAUACCGUAUGCUGCGUACAUCAUUUAUAGGGCAUUGUAUAUUCCCGUUAUUGGAAGGAUCACACGGUUUAUCUGCGCCAAAUUCAUGCAUUAUAUGGGUCUUCGAGGGAGAACAACAGAGGCGCAGGCCUUGGGUAUCUACGAAGUGUACGCCAUGGAAUUUAAUGUGUUUGCUCAAAAUUUGAUGAGAAUAGCCGAAAGGAAACUGCCGGUCCUGCUUUUCUUCUCCCUCGAUGAUACCGUCGUCGAAUCGGAACUCCUCCAGGAAAAUAUAGAUGUUCUUGGGAUUCCAGACGCAGAUAUCAAAGACUAUGAUGAUAACGGACAAUCAGAAUCCAUUUACAGAGAUGGGACCUUAAGGAGAGUGGUGCGCUUUGCUGCGGGGACACAUCGGCUUCAGUUCACCAAUCCGGAGAGAACCACCGCAGAGAUCGUCUCUCUGCUCGACGCUUUGGGGAGAAGAUGAUGAUGCUUGACUGCAGGGUGAGGGACACACUAAGGCGAUCUGUGGUGUAAUUCCAGAAUGAUUAUGAAGAAUUUAAGAUACACCAACAACAUGGUGGCCUGUACUUCAACAGAAGAAGAAGAAUUGGAGAUGGUGCACCUUUACCUCAGCAUCCGAUGAACUGAAAUCGGUGAUUACUGGUAUACGUAGCUGUUUUAAUCGACAUCUUUAUGACGCACAAGUACAUAAGGUUCAUAAACAAUCUGCUUUGCCACUAGCAAUUGUUGAAACGGAAUGGUGUACUACAAUUUUUUAAAUUUUGAUUACAUUACUGUAAUUAUUGUAGACCUGGAUGACAUCUUUAUUAUACUUCAUAAACCGAUGUUUCAAGUUAUUGAUUUAUACAUAUAUAUAUAUAUACCGGUAUGCAUUAAUUAUGCAAGAGAUUUAUUGUAUCCUUCUAUGAAUAUGUUUUGUGAACUGAAAAGUAUUGAUAAUACAUCAUUGAAAUAUAAACAGUAUUGUUGAAACAAUUUUUACUUCAA